GUCAGUGAUUUGCUGGGCGAAGCAGCCCCCAAGCAGCGGGCCACACUCACUGUGUCCUGCCGAUCGGAGGUGGGUUGGAGCUCCCUGGGUCAGCAGCAGCACUUACGGGAGUUCCUUGAGUACAGACUGAACCCCGAGCCUGUGCUCCCCAAGAUGGAGGGAGUCACAGAGUUCACGGAGUACAUCUCCGAGACGGUGGAUGUGCCUUCUCCCUUUGACCUCCUGGAGCCGCCCACAUCUGGAGGCUUCCUGAAACUGUCCAGGCCUUGUUGUUACAUCUUCCCUGGGGGGAGGGGCGACUCGGCACUGUUCGCGGUCAACGGCUUCAACAUCCUAGUGGAUGGAGGCUCUGAACGGAAAUCAUGCUUCUGGAAGCUGGUCAGACACUUGGACCGCAUCGACUCAAUUCUACUCACUCACAUUGGUGCAGACAAUCUGCCAGGCAUCAACGGGCUCCUUCAGAGGAAAAUAGCAGAGCAGGAAGAGGAGCAGUCACAAGGCUCAACCACCUACAGUGAUUGGAUGAAGAACCUGAUCUCUCCAGAGCUUGGUGUGAUCUUCUUCAAUGUACCCGAAAAGCUACGUAUGCCAGAAUCAAACRUAAAGGUCAAGCGCAGCAUCGAGGAGGCCUCCCUCACGUUGCAGUACCUCAACAAACUGGGAAUCAAGCCGGAGCCUCUCUGUAGACUGGUCAGUAACCCUAUUGAGCCUUUCACUCUUUUUCAUAAGAUGGGGGUGGGCAAGUUAGACAUGUAUGUUCUGAACCCCGUCAAGGACAGUAAGGAGAUGCAGUUUCUCAUGCAGAAGUGGGCUGGUAACAGCAAGGCCAAAACAGGCAUUGUGCUCCCCAAUGGAAAAGAGGGAGAAAUAUCCGUACCUUACCUGACGUCAGUUACAGCAUUAGUCGUGUGGCUUCCUGCCAAUCCUGCCGAAAAGAUUGUCAGAGUGCUGUUCCCUGGAAACGCACCACAAAACAAAGUCCUGGAGGGACUAGAGAAAUUAAAGCACCUUGACUUCUUGCGAUACCCAGUAGCCACACAAAAAGACAUAGCCUCAGGGGCUCCUCCCUCUGUUGUAAAACAGACAAAGUUAAAGCAAAGGACAGACAGCAAAGAAAGUCUGAAAUCAUCUCCCAAGACUACAAAACCCCUUAAGAAAGAAGCAGAUGAUGAGGUAUCGGCAGUCACAGAGGCAACGAGUGACUCUGUAAAGGAGAACAAGAUAGAGAAAAAGGAGAAGAAACUUAAAGAYAAUGAAAAACCCACAAAAAUAAUAAAAUCCAAGACUGAUGCACCAGAAAAGAAGAAACUAUUGAAGGAGAAAUCCUUGAAAAAACAUUCAAAGGAAAGGGCAUCCAAGAUGGAUGAGAAAAAAGACAAGGAAAAGAAAGAGAUCAAGAAAGUCAAGAAAGUUGACACAGCUAAAAAAGAAGAGAAAAAAGACCCCAAAGWUGACAAGAAAAAAGAUACGUCGAAGUCAGAGUUGAGAAAGAUAACAAAACCUGACUUAAAACCCCUCACACCAGAGGUCAGAAGGACCCUGCACAGGGCAAAAGUGUCAAGUAAACCCAAAACCGACAAAAGCAAAGGCAAAGCGGCCAAGGCAGAYCCGGCUGAACCCAAACCUGAGGAACCAGCAGCAGAGAGCAUUCAACCUGAGCCACUACAGAAUGGGGGUAUUGAGGGCAUAUCUGCUUCCUCCACUCCAGAGGAUCUUACUAAGGACUUUGAGGAGUUAAAACAAGAUGAGGUAUCAUCAGAGCCACCAGAGAGUGCAGUGGAGACACCAGCAGAGGAAAGCAUGGCCGAAUCCCCUACCCAGGAGGAGGAGAAAGAACAGGAAACUGUCUCUAAAACUCCACCAGGCACAAAGUCUCCUGAGAAGGGAGUAGCCACAGCAAUGGAAGUUGAAUCUGAAUCUCAAACCGUAAGUGAAUCUCAAAGCAAAGAGGACAAAUUAACACAAGAGCAUAAAGAAGAAUUACAGGCAGAGGAAGUGGAACUAUAUGAGGAUGAGGGAGCUGCAGUUGAAGAUGAUGAGGAGGAAGAAAAAGAAGGCCCYAUUGCAGAGAGGAAAACAAUUCAGGAAGAGGAAGAUAUGGGGAUAGGGGAGGAAGAAGAUGAUGCAAAAGAUGAUGUGAAGGAUAAUGAACUAGACAGGAAACAUGAGGUGGAGAAAAUGGAGAAAGUUGAAAAGCCCACAGAUAUGGCAGUAACAAAAGAGGAAAGCAGAAGGCCUUCAUCCCAGGAGGAGGAACAGGAAGAAGAUGGACAUGUUGUUGAAAAGGCUGAGCUGGAAGAGGUAGAAGUUUUAGACAUGAUAGCAGAUGAAGAGGUCAAAAUCAAACCUGAAGCGGGAGAGAAAGAAACAUUGGCCAAGAAUGGGGAAAGCAAAGCAGUUAAACAUACUCCUGGAGCUAAAGAGGAGGAUGAGGAAGAUGAAGAGGGCUACGUGUCAAAUGUGGGAGGCGCUACAGUCGACAUAGUGUCAACACUGCAAGGAACUGCUGCAGCCGAGCCCAUCUCCUUCAUUCAAGACGAAACCAUUCCCGGCAACUCCGAAACUGAACAGACCAUCUCUGAUGAGGAAGUUCACGAAGAGGCUGARGACAGGAUACUAAACCUCCAAUACGAAGUGGGUGCAUAUGACAUCUCUGUCCCAGAUCAGACAGGCUCCUUUGACACCAUCCAMGGGAUGAAGGAGAUGCAAGCAUCAGCUAUGGCUGAUGUAACAGCCAAAGGUUUCAUUUGUGGACAGGAGCAAGUAUCGGUAUUCACUAACAUCAUUGCUGCUCCCUUGGCUGAGGAGGAACAUGUUUCCUCAGCCACAUCCAUCACAGAGUAUGAUAAAUUGUCCUCCUUCCCCACCUCUAUUGCAGAGGACCAAUCAGUGGCCUCUGUCGCUACACCUCAGACUGAGGAAACAGGCAAAAGCUCUCUGCUUCUUGACACUGUUAAUAGUGUUCCCCUGGCAAUUCCAACGGAGGCCACACAUGGGAAAGAACAUUUACACUCUGCUGGGACCAUCUCACCAACAUCCUCCUUAGAGGAAGACAAGUACAUGAAGUCAGUUCCAUCCGAAGAGGGCCUGUCAGUUAUCUCUGAUUUGAAGACAGAGGCUAAGGUCAUCAAGACUCAUGAUGAAGAGGAGGAAGAAGAUCAGGACCAAACUCCGACCAUUGAGAUUUCACUUGGGGAGAGCUAUGCCUCCCCUCAAAUGCUCCAGGAUAGAGAUAGGGAUUUGGAACAGCUCCCUGCUUCUGAGGCUCCUGUCUCCAAACUUGUUCAGGAUUUGAAGCAGGAUCACCUACCAGUUGAGGAGGUACAACUCUUUAAGUCCAAAGAAGACAUCUUAACAGUGGUGCCUUCAAAACCCCUUUCACCCCCACCCUCUUUCUCAAAGCCUUUUAGGUCAGACUCAAUUACUUCGGAAGGUGAAGAGCGAUGCUGCAGUCCAGACGAUAGCACUGUGAAAAUGGCCUCUCCCACACAAUCCCCCCCCCCCAGUGCAACCAGCRCUCCAACUCACUCUCCUCUUCAUCAGUCGCCUGUGGAGGAAAAGACCAAGGGCUUCCCAGGACUGGAGCAUCAAACACAGGAGGACCUUCAUGAUUCAGCCACCAAAACAGAAGAUACGGAUGCAAAGAAAGAUCAAGCGGAAAAGGAAGAUAAAGUGGAUAAGAAUAAAGAAUUGGAUGCUGACAUCAAGAAAGUUGAGUCAGACACACUACCAUCUGUGGAGAAAUCGUUUCAAAAAGACUUGCCCAUUACYAAAGCGGAAGAAAAAUAUGGUCUCUCCCCUUCCAAAGAUGAGAUGCAACAGGAACAGGAGACAACUCCUCUUACCUCUGAGUCAGUCACAGGCAAAGACGAAGCUUCCAUAUCAGGAAAGGAAUCUCUGGCAGUAGACAUUUCUAGUGGUAAGGCUAUACUCAAACACAGUGAUGAGGAAGAUGAUGACCAUCAACAGAAAGAAUCCAAAGUGUGCAGUAAGGCUAAAUUCCCAAAGGGGAAGGAGAGUAGUUUCUUAGAUUAUGACGAUGGUGAGGAUGAUGAUGACGAUAAUGAAGAUAGUUCUGAUGUAAAACCCAUCAAACAGGACAUGAAGGAGAAAGAUACAGAAAAAAAUGACACACAUGAGGCUAAAACUAUCAAGGAAGAGAAAGAGGAGAAAGAAAAACAAGACGUGUUUGAAGCUGAAACCAUCAAGGAAGAAAAGAAAGAAACAGGGAUAAAGUUGGUACAACUGAAGCUACUACUGAAGCUGAGCCCAUCAAGGAAGAUAAAGAUGAGAAAGGAAGAGAAGAAGGAAAAGGAGAAAGAGAAAGACGAUACUUGUGGGGCUGAGCCCAUCAAAGAGGAGAAUGAGAAGGAAAAAUAUGAUACUUCUGAGUCUGAACCUACGAAAGAAGAAAAACAGAAAGAAAUAGAGAGUAUAGUCACUUCUAAAGACGAGCUAAGCUCUUGUAUCUCUACCUCUAAAGUGGAGRCAGCCUCAGACUCCACCACUACAGAAAAAAUAGAGCAAGAGAAAGAUAACUUUGUGGCUGAACCCAUGAAAGAUGAGAAGAAAGAGAAGGAUGAUAUAAGAUAUAAGACUGAUGCCAUCAAGGAGGAAAAGAUGGAGAGAGAACAUCCUCUUAAGUCUGAACCAAUGAAAGAAGAGGAAAGAGAAAAAGAGACAGAUACUUUUGACAGUGAACCGACUAAAGGAGAGCACAGAGAGAAAGAAAAGGAUGAUACAUGUAUGGUGGAAUCCACCACGGGGGGCAAGAAAGAAAAAGAAAACAAGACAUUUUUUGAGAUUGAAGUGAGUCAGGAAGAGAGGAUAGAGAAAGAUGAUACUUAUGUGGCUGAAUUCAGUAAAGAACAGAAGAUGGAAAAGGAGCAAGAAAAAGAAGAUAGUGAUUUCGAAGACAUCAACGAUGAGAAAAGAGAGAAAGAUAGAGAUGAAAGUUAUGAAGCUGAACCCAUAAAAGGAGACGAAAGAGCAAAAGAAAGUGAAACAGCUGACACAGUCAAAUAUGAAAUGAGCGUGAAAGAGACAGGAAACGAUGAUUCUCGUGAGAUUGAACCUACUAAAGAGGAGAAAUGGGAGAAGGAGAAAAAGGAGGUGCAAGAGAAAGAUCUAAAAGAGGCUUUACAACACAGCGUACAGACAACAAUGGUAGAAAAAGUAGAGGUGACUUCUGCGACAAAGCUUGAAUCUACAUUUCAGGUUCAGUACUCAGACGGAGAUGAGGAAGAUGAGGAGGAAGAUGAAGAGGAAUCCAUUUGCAUGGGUGGUGCAGGCUCAAGACCUUUAUCAGUGGAACCUAGACAAUCAGAACACGAGAUCAUCUCUCAAGACCUGCUCUCAACUCAGUCAUCAGAGAAUGUGCUUAGUGACCAGACGAAGGACAGCCACUCUGAACAGACCACUGGGCUUGUGUCUACAUUACCAAAAUGGGAGACCUCUCCUGAUAAAGACCUCAAAGAGCAGCAUAAAGAGCGACAACAUAGACUCUCCCCUGAACUAGAAAUGGACAUCAAGACAAUUGAGACCACAUCAGCACCCCAUCCCAGUCAAGAGUCCACCAUUGGUUUCCKUACCUUGAAAGAGGAGCCAGUCUCUGCUAUGCCUACCACCAAAGUAGAGCCAGCCUCUGACUCCACCACUACAGACAAACAGUCUAUAGGUUCAACACUAUUAAGCACUGACAGCAAGGCCAGUGUGACGGUAUCCACCCAGCAUGAAACACUGCUGCUAUCUAUGACAACAAGCAAAGAAGCAUCUAAUACGGAUGAAAAGACAAAGCAUGUUUCUCCAAAAGAAGAUGAGAAACCAGGCAAGGAAGCUGAGAUGGAAAUUGAAAAAGAGCGGGAAGUUGCUUCCCCAGAGCAUACACAACCUUGUUCAUAUUUUGUCUUGGAUAAAGAUUCUGAGAAGGUUCCCGAGAAAGUGAGCCACAUCGAUGCUACAAAAGCAGACAGUGCCUCUGAAAAAUUGAAAGGCUUUGACAAAGUAACAACAGAGAAGGAGACUGUCAGUGUGAGCUUGCAAGAGGAUCAGGGCUUUGAUGUGUCUAAGUAUGAACCCUAUGAAAAGCCCAUUUCAAAAGAAAAGGAAUCCGACUAUAAAGAAGACCGUGAYGUAUCUAGAGAGUUUGAUCGCUCAACACAAAUUGGCAUUGAUGAUAAUAGGAACGUUAGCCAGGCAGACGCUGGUGCAGCUGCAUUCUACUCAGAGGACGAGGAAAAAGAGGAACCGCUGUCAUUCACCAGAGUUGAUUACACCCCUCCACCUUUCCCCAAGAGCGAGAMAAGUCUCCAUUGCAGCUCAAGUGCCUUCACUGAACACAAUGACAAAGAGAAAGGUCAAGAGGAAGUGAGUGAUAGGAAGGAGGYGCAAUCUACACCACACGUGGAAAACAGCUUUAUGUAUACAGAGACUCAAGACAACAGAACCACCCCAGCAGCAGAGCCAUGCUCAUUUGCUUUCAGUCUCAAAYAAGAUAAACCUGAAAAAGUUGAGAAGGAUGAAUUGAAGGACAAGACUGGAGCAUCUCCCAGUGUAGAGGAGUAUUUACCAGUCCAGUCAGGCAGAAAGGAAACAGCCUCUUCCUCAUGGAGUCAAUCCAACACCGAUGCCCAAGCCUCAGCUACAGCCAUGCCUUUUGAAGACGUCCCUGAGAAGCAGACCACAGAGAAAGAGAAAAAUAAGGAAAAAGAUGAGCCAGUGAAAGACUAUAUGGAUUCAUCUGAUAGUGAMAGAGGAGACUCUCCCUGUGGUCGCUACUCACCAACGGAAAAAGACAUGUUACCUCAUCAAGCUUUACCUAAGGAAAAGGACAAUCAGGCCACUGCUGCCCCCUUGGCCGCAUAUUCAGGACAGCUCCUAGAUGAUAAUGUUCUUGCAUCUGAGUGCACUCAAAUUGGUAAAUCUACAAUGGGCUAUUCUGAGAGAGAAGGCACUCCGGACAGUGUAGAUAAGAGGCUACUGGUGGUGGGAGAGGAUUAUGAUGAUGAGGAAGAUGAUGCAGAAGWAGAAGCCAGUGAUCUAGAUGUGGAGAAGGGKGCGAGAGAGCAGGGAGAGUCUGAAAAAGAAAUCUGUAAAUCUAUAUUGGAUGAUACCACUACUUCUAAACGUCCUGUGACAAAGGAAGAGGACAAGAAGACCCCCUCACCCGAACCUGAACCCAGCCUCCUCAAAAAGGAGGAACCUUCCCAUUCAAUGACCACAAGCAGCCCUCCACCAGCAGAUACUGCAGAUUCCCUUUUGAAGAAUGUAGUUGGGGCCUUGUCACUCCAGUCUGGCAGUUCCACUGCAAUAGAACAAACAGGAUCUGGAGGGUAUCCUUCUGAAUCCUCAGAGUAUUCCGAGGACAGCCAACUGGGGUUAAAGGAGGAGAGGUUUGACAGUCCUGACCCCUCUUUGCCCACCAAGUCCAGUGAAGAUAAACAUUACAGUCAGGGAGACAUUGAAGCUGACAGGCAGAGAACCCCAGAUACCACUAGUAGAAAACCUGAGAAAGAUCCUUCGUGUUACCUCUCAUCUUCCUCAGCUUUUCUACCAACCAGCCACCAGUUGGGAGAGGAGUUAGAGACCCCUGUCAGAAUGUCUAGUGGCCCCUACAGGACAGAUUCUGAGGGUGCUUCCUUUGAGUAUUCUUUAUUCAAAGAUGAAGACUCCUCAGCCAUGCACUCAACCCUCUCGACCUCAGGGCUCAUGUUAAAGGAUGAGUACCUAGAGGCAUCUGAAAAGCUUACCUCAACAACUACAGCUACAUUCAGUCUGACAAAAGUCUUUCCAAUCUUAGCUACUCCAGCCAAAGACAUUACAGAACAAGACUCAUCAUCAAGCCCUGAGAUGGACAAUGGUCAAACCUCGGAUAACUUUCAUAAACUUGAGGGCAUUGUUGAAACCAAAACCAUAACUUCUGCUGGAGCUUCAGAACCACCAUGUUCCCAGCUGUCCAAACCCGCUGAAACCAUAUCCACUUCAAGGGCUUUCUUUGAGGUUUCCCCAUUGCAAAGAGCUGAUUCUUCUGACAGAGAAUCCCAGGGCUCAGCGGCCAGCAAAGAGUCCUACACUUGCAAAAUGGAGGACAGUACUCUUCCAUGCCGCAUUGAAUGCCAGAAAUUUGCAGUGACAGAGCAAGAAGAACGCAUGCUGUCCAUGGRUGAGACAUACAUGGUCACUAUCAACUCCAGUACAACCACAACAGUGUCCCAAUCUGAUGGGGUGACAAAACCACAGCAGUCAACUGAAGCCUCUUCCAACAGGGCUACUGAGGUUAGCACAAGUCCCCAAGAAGUCCUAAGUGGAGCUAGCAAAGCCUCUUGUGCCACAACAGCAGACCUGCCUAAAAAAGAACAGAAAAAGGAGGAAAAAGAGACAAAGGAUGAGAAAGAUAAGAUGGUAAUGAAAGAGGAAGAAAUUAAGGAGAUCAAGGUAGAGACCCUAAAGGAGGACACCAAAAUGCCAGAGCAGAAGGAUAAGGAGGAGACAAAACAGAUGGAUGAGAAGAAAGAGGUGGCUGGAGAGAAGGAAAAGGUGGAGGAGGAGAAAGAGAAAGAGAAGGAGAGGAAGGAGGGAGAGAAAGAGAACGUAGAGGAUAAAAAAGCUGAGAAACAGGAAGAGAAGAUUGUCGAAAGGAGGAGUAGCUUAUCUGACUGGGAACUCCUACAAGGGCCGGGCGCAUGCCCAAGUGCCCCUCCUCCAGGCUAUGAAGACGAGGAGGAAGAAUAUGUUAAUAAAGAAUGUGUAUCCACAGGCGAGCCCACCCCUCUGUCCACAGCAGAACAUMCCCACCAUACAAAGGCAUCUGCAAAASCAGAUGGAGAAUCCAGUUGCCCCACUGACUUGCAUAUGGAGGCUACCUCCACCUCCCCCCCCGGCUAUUCCUCAUGUGAAUUCAAACACCGCAAAGGGGAGAUCUCCCCAUCCUUCAUUAACCCCAGUCCACACGCCCUCUCCAGCGAUGAUGGCGAAGAGGACAAAGGGAGCGACCCCUCUCAGGAGGGGGAUGAAGAUGACCGGGAGCAACACUCGGUCAAGAGGAGGUCUCACAAGCAGAAGCGACAGCACAUUCAAAGUGGAGCUGCUGGAGCUGGAGCGGGAUCGCACCCACUUUCCAUGCCUCCUGGUGGCAUGGCAACUGGACUUGGGAUAGUGCUAGCUGGAGAGGAGACGCCCCCCACAUCAGCAAGUGACUCGUUGGCGUCCCAGUCGGACUCGGACGUACCUCCCGAGACCGAGGAGUGCCCGUCGAUAACCGCAGAGGGAAACCUGGACUCUGAUGAAGAUGCAGAACACCUGCCGGUGGAUAAACUAUCUGCCUCCGCCACAGGAGGGGGCACCCAACCCCCUUCGCCKAGAUCAGCUGCGAAGGCCCAUGACCCCCCACCUGCCCCCAUGAAGGAUCCGCUCCCCCACCUGCCUCACCCUGAUGUGUGCAUGGUGGACCCAGAGGCCCUCGCUGACAACCAGAGCAGUACAGAGAAAAUGCUCAAGAAGGACCACAAAACCACCAAGAGCCUGCGGAAGGGCCUGGGCAAGCCUAAGUCUGCGUCCCCAGCCCGGAAGGGGAAGAGGUCUACCACCCCUGUGAAGCAGGCCUCCAAGGAUUCCUCGCCUCGAUCGGCCUCUCUGAGGAGGAGGGACACGGAAAGGAGCUCCAGGCUGACGUGGAUGCCCGAGGGCCUGGGAUCCAAGGGGGACCUACACGCUCCAGGGAAAGGCCUUGUGAAUGGCGUCAAGAGCAACUUGGGUACCAACUCCCAGAAAUCUAGUUCAGCCGUCCCCCCUGGUCCUCCAAUCUAUGUGGACCUGGCCUACGUGCCCAACCACUGCAGUGCUAAGAACGUGGACCAGGAGUUCUUCAAGCGGGUACGUGCUGCGUACUACGUGGUGAGCGGCAACGACSCAGCCGGUGGAGAGCCCAGUCGUGGGGUCCUGGAUUCCCUGCUCGAGGGAAAGGCCGCGUGGGGGUCCAAUCUACAGGUGACUCUGAUCCCUACUCAUGACACGGAGGUGACGCGGGACUGGUACCAACAGACACACGAAAAACAGCAGGACUUGAACAUUAUGGUCUUGGCCAGCAGCAGCACAGUGGUCAUGCAGGACGAGUCUUUCCCUGCCUGCAAGAUUGAGUUCUAAGUUCUGCACACCUCGCUAUUUUACCCUCCUCCCCUCAUCACUCCAUCUUUGGCAGGUAGAGAGAGGUCCUUUGCUACUCUCUAUCCUCACAAAGCCUUCUCUUCUGUCAGCUCCACAUUUUGCUCUCUCAUGGUGUAAGAUUCCAUUGCAUUUGCUGUAGUCCUCGGUUGGUGUACUGGCUUCCAACUGGUCAAUGUCACCUGAGAACAGCCACCUCUGUCAGGCAGAAACAUUGAUAUAGGGUCCAUGGUAGCUGUAAAAAGGUGUGAGGUGCAUUCAUUUCUAGCACGCUUUCUGUUUAAACAACAUACUUGCACGAUAAAACCACCUCUUUAUUUGAUCUUAUUAAAUUUUGCUUUCACAUAUAACCUCCCCAACACACACAUUUUGUGAUCAUCUGUGAUGAGGGUAAUUCURGAUAGUUAUUUCAAAGCUUUCCCAUCAUACCGCACCCAAAUCAACAUCUAAAUGGACAACACUUUCCAACUAAAAGUGCCAUCUUAACAAUGUCAACUCCCAGUCAAUGAAGACGGUGCAAAGUUGUCACAUUCAACAUGUGAAACCUAAACAGUCUUACUGAUCGUCUUAAACUCAGAGAAAUACCCAACAAAAUGAAAUACUAUUUAAAAAUUGCACAUCCAGAAGGGCCAAAGUAAGUGCCAAAACACUUUUGAGGUGUUUAACACUCUCCGAAAUAAGUCCAAAGCCGUUAAGAGGUGAACAGUUAGUUGAUCUCAAUUGUACGCAGACUACGCACAAUGUUGUAUGAUGGUAGUAUUUUUGUAAGUAUCUUAAGUUGAGGCUUUGUUUUCAAUAUGAGAUUUUACUCCUGUUUGGAGAUAUUACGUAAGAUGCAGCUUUCUAUUCUAUAGCGUUUGGCUURCUCAGUACUCUAACGACGUCAACUGAUGUUCCAACAAAAAAAGGACUAUACCACAUUGCUUGUUGUGAAGCUUUAGGAGGCGCCUGAAGGUGCCACUUUUAUUUAAAGAACUAGCUUUUAUGGGUUAUUUCCCUCAGUAGCUGGAGAUUGACGCUUGCAUUUAGCUCAGACUCCUUCCUUGAAGAAGUAGAGGGUUCUUGACCGUGUGUCUAGUCCUUGCAGUCUCCAAGUAUGGAGUACAAACGUGUUCUGAUACCUAAACGUUUGGCUGGGUGUACGCUAAAGUGAACGUCUUACUGUAGGUACRGGGCAAUGGGAUGGUAUUUCUAUAUUUACCAUAUUCCUGCUGGACGUAAUGGUUCUUUAUAAAUAUCUGAAGUCCUUAUCGUCGUCUUUGUUGGUUGUAUUAGAUGAAUACUCAAUUAAAAACAUACAGUAUAAACAUUAUAUAUUGAUAUAUGGAGAGAUUCUAUUAGAGGUAUGCUAUUUUGUGAUAACACAGCAGAGGAGGAUGUUAAAUGCAGUUUCAUUACAUUUGACGUUUUCUCCCGUUUAUUUAUAUUAUACUGUCUGUAUGAAACGAUUUAAUGAAGCGAUGGAAACUGCAGUGGCCUUCCAUGGAGAAUGUAGUAACAGAGUCUAGUCCGUCCUUGUGAGACUGGGUUGUGUGGAGGUUGUGUGGGUGUUAUUUUGCAAAAAUGACUGCGGUGGUAGGCGGUCGCUCUCAUGUGCCUUCUGGUUGUGGUAUAUUGGGCAAGAGAGAAGGAUUAGAGAGGAGUAUGAUAAGGGCUUCUCUUUCGUAGUAGCCAUUGUGGAGAGGUGAACUUGGAUCCAGGGAUAAGUCAAGAAACUGUGGAGAAAAUGCAACACGGACAAAUCGAUAGUUGUUGUCCAGGGAUAUCUAGUUAGCCUAAUAUCCAUAUGGAUGGAUGCUGUAUACGCACACAGUUGGUUGGUGAAAAGCUAAUUAGCCAGCUUAGCCAGCACAUUUAGAUUCAGUUACUUAUAUGCUGGUCAGCAUUUGUCACCUAUCUUAAAGUGUCACCCAGCAAAUGUAUCAAACAAUAACAUGAUCAAAGAGCAAGGUAUUGCACCAAGCAAGAAUGCACUUUCCUGAGGGGAGACYAGGGGUUUAGGAGUGGGGCUGCGGUUCUAGUGAGAGAAGCACAGAAAAUAUGAUUAUCAUUCUUUACCAUAAUGUGAACUAUGGUAGCGUUUGAUUUUUAGAACAAGUACCUAGCGAAAGUACUCCAUACUGUAUGUAAAUAAAAAAAUGAGUUGUUCUUCAGAAUGAUUUCUUAAUUGAAGAGGUAAAAAAAUAAAAAAAAUAACGCAGGUAGCAAUUUAUCUAGUUAAAAAAAAAAGAAGACUUUUCAACCCUAAGAUAAUAUUUAUCAGACGAGCAUGAAUGUGAUGUUGUUGAUUGUAGUGGGUAGAGAUGUGGCAAUGUGUACCACAGGUCAAGUAGAAUUAAGUUGUGUGUUGAAGUAUGUGCAUGAGUGGUACACACYGAGACAGGGUUGGGGUUUUGAAGAUACAUCAUAGUGUUUUUUUUAAUGCUGAGUUAGCCAGUGCGGUGUGUACUUUUGUUGGUUAAUCAGGAGGUGGAGCUUCUUAAAAUUGUCGCACUGUUCAUUGGCGCUCAUUACAAAUCUGAUUCGCAUUCAAUUCCAUAGAGCUUAGUCACAUUUUGAUUCAUGUUAUAUUGUUUUAUUACAUUUUGGGGAGUUUUUUUUUGGUAGUUGUAUUUAUCAAAUUCAUUUACAGUUAUGUAUACAGUACAUGAUCAGUAUUCGAUUUUUUUUAUUUUUCAAUAUCAGUUACAGUAAAUGUAGGACUAACACAAUUAUGAAUGUCUCUUUUGUUUACAUUUCUUAGAUUGUAUUWUCCAAAAGAUGACUGAACAUUUAUUUUAUAAUAAGCGUCCGAUUGUCAUAGAUUUUUUUUGCUUAGUGAUUCURAAAAUGUAAUGUGUUUCUAUUUAGAACUGCUGCGUUGUGUGUUUGGGGCUCCUGAGUUGAGGCCAGAGAGAGUGGACUGGGUUGGACAGACUGGUAUUGCUGGAGAUACUGUCUCUGACUCAGUCUGCUGCAGAAUCCAAGACUGCAGACAUCGACCUGCAAGGGGAACAUUCUCUCCCUCUAUUGGACUCAGAACCUAAACAGAGUCUCCUCUUAGGCUGAAACCAUUAACCCACAGUCUGCAGCCAUCUUGCGCUAGCCUGGGAAGGAUGCCARCCUUGUCCUUUUGUUGAACUUAUUKAAAUGUGUUGAGAAUACUGUAUUGUAAGCUGAUAUAACAGUAUGCAGGAGAGCCUCCCCCCCAGGUCUGUUCUUAGACCGGCAGCAGAGCUAGCCAGACUCACCCAGCURCGAGUGAAUGUUUCCUUUCAGUAUUAUUAAGAUACUCAAUGUGUAAGCUACAGAUUUAUUAUGCACUGCGAUAGCGUCGAUAUGCAUGUCAUGUUGAAUACUGUUUAGAGUCACCUAGGUUAGAGAGGGAGGGCAUGUAUGAAUCAGAUGUAUCAAUACUUUGAUCAAGCAAUCAGCCCAGCCGGCAAAAUUAGGCAGUAUAACGUGAUAUUUAGUUCUUAACUGUUUUUUUUCUGGUCAAGAAUACAUCAUAAGCAGAAAAUAAUUUCAUAUUCUAGAUGUUUUCUGGUCAGAUUACAACCAGAUAAAGACAUAUUUGUCCYGAUGCUAAAUUACAUACCCCAGGAUAAAAGGGGCCACACUAAGCCUAUGAGAGGUUGUCAGUGAAGGUACAAAUAUAUGGCCUUGGAUAUUUUACAAUAUGUUGCAAGUGUUUCUAACCGAAUUUAUCAAAUUAUAGGGCGGUGUACAGACCUAGUACUGUGUGGGUGAGGGAAAUCUGAACCAGGGUCAAGAUGCGCUGCUUAACGUAUAUAUUGUAUGGGUUUUCUUAUUUAUGGGUUGCACCUAUUUUACUCGGUCGCGUCGUUGCAAUUAUUCUCAAUGUUCUACAAAUGCCGCAGUUUAUUGAUGUCCGACUGAUGCUUAGUCUAUCUGAACGGGGGCUAAUGAUUUACGUCAAAAUUACACUAUAGUUGCUUGGAAAUACGAUGACAUUGCUAGAGUAAACAAAUAAUUAUUAGAAAACACCUUUGCCAGCAUUAUGUCGUCUAGUUUACUUUAGAGAGAUGGCAAUGUUGCGAUGAGCUAGCAAAGUUAGUCAGAGAUAGCUAGCAAUACUAACGUUAGCUAGCAAAAAUGUCAGUGCUCUCCCCUCAAUCCUAAUUUCGCUAUAGUUAUACUGCAUCUGAAGUCAAUCUGGCGACAUCACAAUGAUGACAAAAGCUUGUCCUACUCAUUAUUUGCCUCCUUUUGAAAUGUCAUCGUGUUUUCAAGCCACAGUAAUGCARUUAAGACUAAAUCUUCAUCGGUACCUAUUGAGACUGUAUUGAGUGGAAUUCUCAGCUGGGCAUCAGUCCUAAAACGUACGUUCAAAACAAUAUGGUAACGAAACGUGCAAUACAUGAAUAUUCAAUGCUGCUGGAUUAAAAAAAAACGAACAAACAUACAUACAAUUGUACACAAAUAUAUCCGAAAUCAGUGGAGGAUAGCCUAAGGAAGUGACGGACUACUGUAUUCAGAUUUAAUUUCUAGAACAAAAAUUGAACUCAAAAUGGAUCUCUCGUUUUAUCCAUAUUGCAGUGGCUGUUGUUUAAUUUUCAGUUAUGUCCAAUACUUACAGAAACACACAAUAACACAGAAAAAGUACCAACUGCAGCUGCAGCUUUUUCUUUMCCUGAAUAUGACUUGAAAACAUUGAAACAAUUUUUWAAAAAGUUAAAUGAAUGAUACAUGUACAUUCAUGUGCGGUACACAAAUAUGUAUAUACACCUUAAAACAAAAUCAAAAUAGACAUGUUAUGAAACAUAUGAUCCUUCUUGUUAUACAUUUACAUGUUAGAGGAUUUMAAUCAAGCGUAUCAAAAUCCUAGGCAUUGAACAAAGAAACAGUCAAUGCUGACUACUGUAAGUACAGAUGAAAAAUAACAAAUAUAUUUCAGUUCAAUCUCUCAUUAUGAAAAAAUGAAGUCAUUUGAACACAAGUUCUCUAUCAUUCUCCCAUCUUAUCUCUGCAUGUGAUCUAUUUAGUUAUUAUCCUGAAUGUAAUAAUUUAUUAACAUGGAAAUAAAACAAGAAAUGCUCUCUUAAAACCGUAUAUCUGAAACAGGCGAUUGUUUAACUGGUACUGGGAUGGCAUAUAGUAUUACUGGGCUGUGCUUUACUGUUUUGCCCUAAGAUGUUGUUAUUAUAAGAAAACGCUGUACUACUGUAGUUUUUCUGUUUUUGCCGCUGUAUUAAUCAUAGUUCUGUUACUAUCUUCAGUGCAAUAUUCUCUCUCUCUCUCGCGCUCUCUCGCUCUUUAAAUCUAAAAUGCAAAGCUAGAACUACUGCAGAUUCAUUGUAAAAGGGAAACAGCCUGGUGAUGACAAAUAAAAAUACAUUUAUUGAAAUCAGA